AUGCUUUCUCAAAGAUCAUAUUCCGGAGAGACAGCAGUUAGUAGUUGCACAUCGGUUUCAAAUAUGGCAACAACGAUAAAUUCAAUGGCAUCGUCUUAUUCUAUGAAUUCGAUGGCUUGCGUAUCCUCAAUGAAUUCGUGUUCUCCCCAAUCCGGUAGCGGAUUCAGUUCAAAUAUGUUAAGCUCUGGCAUGAGCUCGAUGAACGGUAAUUGUAUGUCAUCGCCUAUGAGUUACGGUAGCAUUGGUUCUCCCAUGGCGAACAUGAACGGCGUGGCAUCUUGCAUGGGAGGAAUGAGUAGUAUAAAUAGUUACGGCGGAGCAUUGACUCCCGUGAGUUCCAUGAGCAAUACAAGAGACUUAAAUCCGAGUUCACCGAAUUCGGCGGCUUUGCAAAGAGCGAGAGCGGAUAAAACCUACCGUCGGUCGUACACACACGCCAAACCUCCAUAUUCGUACAUUUCCCUAAUAACAAUGGCCAUACAAAAUUCGCCUACGAAAAUGUUAACGCUGUCGGAAAUCUAUCAAUUUAUAAUGGAUUUGUUUCCGUUUUACCGACAAAAUCAACAGAGAUGGCAAAAUUCAAUACGUCAUUCUCUAUCGUUUAAUGACUGCUUUGUUAAAGUUCCAAGAACUCCCGAUAAACCAGGUAAAGGUAGUUUUUGGACGCUUCAUCCCGAUUCCGGAAACAUGUUUGAAAAUGGUUGUUACCUACGUAGGCAAAAAAGAUUUAAAGAUGAAAAAAAAGAAGCCAUACGUCAAUCUCACAAAUCUCCGUCACACAAUGGUAGCGUGGACGGUAAAAAAACUCCGAAUCAUCACGAUGAUGUUGUGAUGUCUCACAACAAUCACAAAUCAUCUCUCCUUAGUGAUAAAUAUAGUGAUAAAUAUGGUGAUAAAACGGGAUCCAACGUGGAUCACGGGAUAACGGCAUCUAUGUUAGGAUUGCAUCCGAAAGUCGAAUCGGACCCUUUAGGAAUGCUUCAAGCAAGCAGUGAACUGUGCUUAUCCGGAAAUCAAAACGCACACCACCAUCAACAACAUCACGGAUCAUCUCAUCAUCAGCAACAUCAGCAACACGGUCUUCAACACGACGAUAUUGCCGCAAUGGUUAACAGAUGCCAUCCUCACUUGUCACUUUCCGAACAUCAAGUCAUGUUACAAAAUCACCAUCAUCUCAAACAGGAGCCCACAGGGUUACUCCCGACGGAAUCGAAAGCGGAUAUUAAAAUGUAUGACAUGGCCUCGCAAUACGCACAGUACAAUAAUUCCCUUAGCCCUUUGCCAAAUCCACACACGUCCCUUCCGAACGAUUCAUACUAUCAAAGUUCUUUGUAUCACACUCCGACGGGAACCACAUCCUUGUGA